AUGACAUAUCCCGUCCAGGUGGGAAAAUUGACGGGUUUAAAGGAUAGAACCAAAACCCGCGACUGGGUGUCACAAACCGAACGCCAAGCUCCCAAAAAUCAACACGCUAAUCCAAUCACGACCGUCCAUCACGCGGUUUGGGAAGAAGAGCUAGAGCUCUGCUCCGGCUUGAAGUGGAAGGUCAUGGCUCGGAUAAAGCCUCAGGCGCUGUUAAUUCAGAGCAAAAAGAAGAAGGGCCCAACUCGAAUCAGUAUUACUACCAUAGUUAUGUGCAAUUUAAUCAUCGCUUUGAUCGCCUUGUCCUUAGUUGCCACUUAUCGCUAUUGGUCUAGAAGGUCGCUGGACCAAUCUGGGUCGGACUUAUCUACUCUAGAGGAUAUUGGUGGGUUAGUAAAGAAGUACGAUCUUCCCGGUUAUGCUAUUCUAAAUACGUCAAAAGGUCCUAUCACAGUGGAACUUUUCAAGGAUGGUUCUCCAGAGGUUGUGGAUAGAUUUCUUGACUUAUGUCAAAAGGGGCACUUUAAGGGGAUGCCCUUCAGUCAUGUGAUCAAACACUAUGUUAUUAAAGGGGGAGGUUCCCAAGGACUUGGAGCAGCUGAAGAUUGGAUAUCAAAAGGGAAGCUUCGUAGUCAACUAGUUACGAGACCAAAGCAUGAAGCUUUUAUGCUUGGAACUACGAAGAAUAGACUAGAUGACAAAGGAUUUGAGCUUGUUAUCACAACUGCACCAAUACCAGAUUUAAAUGAUAAGCUGAUUGUGUUUGGACGGGUCAUUAAGGGAGAGGAUGUGGUGCAGGAAAUUGAAGAGGUUGAUACAGAUGAACAUUAUCGGCCUAAAUCUUCUGUAGGGAUCACUGGCACAAUGUUGUGGAUUGUUGUCGCCAUCACGGAAUCACGGAGAUGUCUGAAUGGGUUACCUUACUUCCAAACGAUUGCCCAGCUUCUUGCUUUGCCCCUUUUAUUUUAUGUCAUCCACGUGCUGGCCUAA